GAGUCACUAUUGUGGCCAUUAUGACAGCGCCAUCAUUCCCCAACGACUCUUCUUCCUGUGUUGGCUUGACCCUUGGACGGCGGCCCAGCUCAUUGCGUGGCAGGGCUUCCAAUUGGUGCUGAAAGGUGAACGUCAAAUCACAUUGUUGUCUGCUCGAAUCAUUCCCCUGCUCUACAUUGUGAUCUGCUCUGCACCAUGGUGACCACUACCUCGAAAUACUCCAGCACCCGAUAUCAUGACCAUUCACUAAAGGAAUUCUUCAGCUUCGAGGAAGUUGUGCUCAAAGGGUUGGCCUCUGAUGGAGGUUUAUUCCAUCCUCACACGGUGCCCAACGUCCGGUCAGAGUAUCUGAAAUGGAAAGACCUCUCGUUUUCAGACCUUGCCUUCCAGGUCAUGAGACUGUACAUCGACCAGCAUGAAAUCUCGGAUCAAGAACUAAAGUCGAUUGUCGACCGGAGUUACUCAACUUUCAAGCACUCCCAAACGGUGCCGCUGGUCACUUUGGACGAGAGCAAGAACCUCCAUCUGCUGGAGCUGUUCCACGGGCCCACUUUUGCUUUCAAGGAUGUCGCCCUCCAGUUCUUGGGAAAUCUGUUCGAAUUCUUCCUUGUGCGCAAGAACCAGAACCUGGAGAAGGGCCAUGCGCGCCAUCACCUUACCGUGAUCGGUGCUACCUCUGGCGACACAGGAUCAGCAGCUAUAUAUGGGUUGCGGGGAAAGAAGGAUGUCAGUAUUUUUAUCAUGUUCCCCGAUGGCAAAGUGUCCCCGGUCCAGGAAGCCCAGAUGACGACGGUGCUCGACCCCAACGUCCACUGCUUGAGUGUCCAGGGCACGUUUGAUGACUGCCAGGACUAUGUCAAGGCCUUGUUCGCAGAUCCAGAAAUGAACAAAAUCCACCACCUGGCGGCUGUGAACUCGAUUAACUGGGCGCGGAUAUUGGCUCAGAUCACGUAUUACUUCUAUGCCUAUUUUCAGCUUCUCAAACAGCAGCCCGAGCUGAACGAGGUCAAAUUUGUGGUUCCGACAGGCAAUUUUGGCGACAUCUUGGCCGGUUACUAUGCGAAACGUAUGGGGCUUCCGGUGGCGAAACUUGUGAUUGCGACCAACGAGAAUGAUAUCCUGCACCGCUUCUGGCAGACGGGAUCAUACACUAAGAAGCAGAAGCCGGCAGGAGAACCGCAUGAAGGCGUCAAGGAGGAUGGCGCGGAGGCGCACGAGGAUGGCGUCAAGGAGACUUACAGCCCUGCCAUGGAUAUUCUUGUCUCUUCAAAUUUCGAACGGCUUCUUUGGCACUUGACUCUAGAACAUGAGCUCGACCAGAACCCCCAUAUCAAGGUGGAAUCCUCGGUGAGAGUCGCUGGAGCCAAGAUUGAUGGUUGGUUCCAACAGUUGAAACAGACUGGAUCGUUUACCGUGGAUGGGGAAGUUCUGGACAGGGCACGUGAGGUCUUUGGUAGCUAUAGGGUUAGCAAUCCAGAGACUCUCGAGGCCAUCCGAGACUGCUACCGAGGGGAAGCCAUCUCCAACAAAGGAUAUGUGCUCGAUCCUCAUUCUGCGAUCGGCGUGGCCGCGAGCCUGCGAGAAAUCUCCGCAGCCGGCUCAGCGUCCAAGGUGCCGGUUGUGUCACUGGCGACUGCGCACCCGGCCAAAUUCGCUGGCGCUGUUGAACUGGCUUUGAAGGAAGAACAGGGGUUCGACUUCAGCAAGAUUCUGCCAGAGGAAUUCGUCGGAUUAAGCGACAAGGAGAGAAAAGUGUUGAAGGUGUCGGCGACGGAGGGACUGGCUGGGAUUCGCCAGAUCAUCACGCGGGAGGUCGAAAAGGAAAAGGAGGUUGGGCAAAACGGCGCUUGAGUGGACAUGAUAGAGAAAAUGCAGCACCCCUGCGGGACUUCGGAUUUUGGUUACUGAGUCGAUAGGCUCUCCCCGUCGAGCAACGGCAAUAAGUAAACGUCUAUUCCUGUUCAAGAACGAGAAGUCAGCUCCGCGGCGCUCUUCUAACCAGAGAGGAACAGGUCAACUUUUCUGACUUUUGGCCACUACUCGUGCCUGUACUCCGUGUUCCGUACACCAACACCUCCGCUCAGCUCGCAGAGUAUGGCGCAGCCCAAAUUCUGACCUGCUUGCAGGUUUGAUUUGACUUG